UUGACCACUGCUCCAGAAUGACGUCACGUUCUACGUUUUCCCGCUUAGAGCUGGAUUGUACCAACCACAUGGGGGUGACAGAGUCCGAUGGGGCAUUUGAUUUAACAACUUCACAAAAAUUAUCCCAGCCUCACUCUCAGCUGCAGCUCCCUGCUCCCCAGAGGACUCGUCUACACCAAAAUGGAUCAAGACUAAUGGGAUUUUAACUUUACGCUUCCAUCAUUUGGUGUAAUAUAAUGUUUACUUUUAUCUUUGCACAAAUAAUGUGGGAUUUCUAGUUAAAUUUUUCAUACAAGUAUUCCAAAAAAACAAAAACAAUUCUUUUUUUUAUUAUUUAAACCCAAUAAAUAAAGUACAUAAAGCUGUUUUAAUUUGCUUCUCCUGCCAUUCUUCUCCAUACAAAUCCCUCUCAACUCUGCAUGGCUGUGAUUGGCCGGUUCCAGCCAAUCCCUGCUCCACCCGGAAAUGACACAUCGACGUCAAAAUGGCGUCAGAUUCAAACAGUCUCCGGAGAAUUUCUCCCGAGGUAUAAGAUCUGCCGAAGAGGACCCAAACCCGGAGAUGCCCCAGAAAGAUGAGCAGGCCGGAGACCGGGGCAGAAAAGAAAGGAGACACAAGGAUGAGGAGCGAGGAGGUGGGGCCAGGCAGCGGGGAGGGAGGAGGCCCGCCUCAGAGGGAGGUGAAGGGAGCGAGGAGACGAGGAGGCUGAGGUGGAGGAUCAACCAGCUGGAGAAGGAGAAGGUGACGCUGACGGCGAACCACAACCAGCAGGUGUGCGGCCUGCAGGCGGAGCUGGCCCGCCUCCGCUCCUCACUGGAGCGAGGCGAGGCCCAGAGGGCGGAGCUUCAGUUCCAGCUGACGGUGAGCCGCAGAGACGGGGAGCGGGCGGCGGAGCUGAGCAGAGACCGAGAGGCGCUCGCAGAGCGAGCGGAGCGGCUGCAGCAGACCGUGGAGGAGCUGCAGACGGCUCUGCACAUCACCCGGCGGGCCAGGGACGAGGACCAGCAUGCUUUGCAGCUGGAGCUGGAGGAGCGCGACCGAUUGGUCCAGAGCCUGGGCUCUGAGAGCCAGAGGCUGCACCACCUGCUGCAGGAGCAGAAGGAGGCGCUGCAGGAGUCUGAGAGGAGGAUAACGGAGGUGGAGAGACAGAGGCAGAGGGAGGUGGAGGUGACGGAGCGACAGGCGGAGGAGCUGAAGUUCCUGGUGGGGAGAGAGGAGAGGAUCCAGCGGGAGAAGGAGGAGUCCGAUCAGAGGGUGAAGGCUCUGGAGGCGGGGCUGGAGGCGGAGCGAGCGGCUCACCUGGAGUCCAAGUUCAGCUGUGAGGUCAUGCAGCUGCGGCUGCGCGACCUGGAGGCGGCGCUGGCGGUGGAGCGGUCCGGCCUGCAGGAGGCGCAGCGCUGCGCGGAGCUGCUGCGAGCUCAGCUCGGCGAGGCGGAGCGAGCCCACAGCCUGCAGACGGAGAGGAGCGGCAGCACGGAGCGCGCUCUGCAGCGGUUACAGGACCAAUGGCAGCAGAGCACGGUCGCUCUGACUGUCGCCAUGGAGACGGAGACGGCCACCAGGCGGGAGCUGGAGGCGGAGCAAAGGAAACUCGCCGACGCACAGGCUCUGCUGGAGCAGGCGGUUCGUCGUCAGUCUGAAGCAGAGGAGGCCUUCACCACAUUCAUGAAGCAGAUCACCGACGUCCUGCACCAGCACAGGAGCACAGCAGAGCACGCAGCACAACCUGCAAAGGAUGAUGGGAAACUGAGUCCCGCUGAGCUCCUGCAGCUGCUGGAGAGCAGCUUCUGCAGCUUCCAGCACGGCAUGGACGAGGCCCACCAGCAGGUCCAGGACCUCCUGCAGGCUGCUGGGAGGCUCCAGCAGGAGAAGGAGGAUCUGCAGCUGCUGACCUCCAACCAGAAGAAGCACCUUGAUGAGUACCAGCAGCUGUGUGCGCAGCUGCAGGAGGAGGUGACCCGUUUGCGCCAGCAGAGCUCUGAUUGGUCGAUGCAGCUGCAGGGCCUGCAGGAGGAGCUGCAGAGGGAGGAGGACAGAGGAGCAGAGAUGAAGCAGACCGUUGAAGGCCACCAGCAGGAGUCGGCGGAGCGGCUGUCCUUCCUGCACCGUCUGUACCAGCGCCUGCUGGCGGGCCAGGUCCUGCUCGACCAGCCCCAGAGCAUUCUGGGAGACUUCACCUGGGAGGAGCUGUGCGGUGUGAUCAGCGAGCAGGCGGAGCAGCUGACCUCUGACCUGCAGGAGGCCAACCGUCAGACGGCGCAGCUGCAGACUCUGUGUGAGCAGAGGAGCCUGCGUCUGCGCGAUCUGCAGCGCAGCCAGGAGACCACGCUGACGCAGCUGGAGGAGAGGGUGAGGAGGAGGGAGGAGGCCUGGAGGAGACGACACACGCAGACGCAGAGCAAGCUGCAGCUGUGUCGCUCUCAGUGCGUUGCUCUGCGGGACCACGCCUCCUCGCUGGAGCAGCGCUGCUCCUCGCUGACCUCCGACCUCUCUGGAGCCCAGAAGGAGCGCUCCUCCUCCCUCCUGGCCUGCGCCCUGCUCUCCGGGGCGCUGAGCCACGCCCACCGUCGGCUGAGCGCGCUGAGUCAGCAGAAGAGACUCCUCUGCAGGCGGCUGGAGGAGAAGGAGCAGCUGGAGGAGGAGGUGAGGAGGCUGGCUGAGGCUCUGGGAGGAGAGAACGAGGAGCAAGACAAAGGAGGAAGGACAGCUUUGAGGAGGUGGAGGAGGAGCAUGUGCGCCGUGUUGGUGGCGAGGAGGUGGAGCCUGCUGGCCAGAAAAACACAGGUGGUGUUUCGGGUGGAGAGGGGCGGAGCUACAGUCUGUGUGUGUGCUGACCCUGCUACGGCAGCCACCAAGGGUCAAGAUUCCUCACAAACAGACAGAGAUGGCGUCUGCGCUCGCUGGCUGCAGUCCCAGCAGCUGUCCUCCGCCGUCCUGGCGUCCAUGUCUGACCUGCGGGGGGCGCUGACGCUCUCCGGCUCCUCCCCUCCAGUCGUAAUCCCAGCAGCUCGUUCAGGUUUGUCCCGCCUCCUGGAUCAUCUCUUCAGCCAAUCAGCUCCCUCUGAUCUGGAACCGGAGCAGAACUCGCUGAGCGACCGUCUGAGGCGACCGACGCCGACGCAGCCCGACCUGAAGGCUCUGGUGUCGACCCUGCAGCAACACUUCCUGCUCUUCAGCCAACGGCUGCACUCAGCUGAGGUGGAGAGGCGGAGCCUGCGGGUGGAAGUGGCCAAUCUGAAGAGAGGACUUCGGCGGGAGACGGAGGCGGCGGGAAAGACGGUGUCGGUGCAGCACUUCCACAGUGUGUGGGCGGAGCUCCGUCAGGCUCUCAGCAGAGAACAGGAAGCUCAGACUCUGAUCCAGGAACAGACCAAUCAGAUGAGGGCGCUGCAGCAGAGCUCACAGGAGCUGUCCGAGGCUCGGCGGGAGGUGAGUCGGAAAGAGCGCUCGCUGAGGAUUGUGGGUAAUCGUCUGUCUGAGGCUCAGAGGGAGAAGAGGCAGCUGGAGGAGCGUCUGCAGAGCGCCGAAGACGAGCGGACAGACGCCAGCAGACGUCUGGAAGGUUUGAUCCACUGGAUGAAGACGGCAGAGUCGCACUGCAAGCAGGUCAGAGAGAGCCUCAUCCAAUCACAGCACUCGCUUUCAGCUAAGCCCCGCCUCUUAGCACUGGAUGGAGCAGAGAGCAUCAUGGGAACUCGUGAGAGGAGCGUGUGCCAGAGCUUCCUGUCCGCAGUCUCCCAGCUCUGCCUCACCUGCAGCUCCAGGAUGGAGUGGUUGCAGCAGGAGGUGUCCGCCCACCGCAGUCACGUGACCGCCCUGCGCGGCGAGCUGCAGGACGCCUGCCUCAGAGACAGCCUGGCCUUCGUCCCUGUGUCUGUGUUUCAGGUGGGGGAGAAUCCAGAAACAUCAAACGUCUACGAUGUGGAGCAGCUUUCACCCAAACCGUCAUCAGAUUUCCCAAACAAGCCCCGCCCCCUCUCUCUAUAAAACCCUCCUUGAUGAAAACUACGAAUAAGAAAAUGAUACAGAAACGAACAGGACAGGUGAGACGUAGAGGGAGGAAACGAGCCGUAGCCAUGACAACGUAGAGAUCCUGGAAAUCAGUGUGAAGAACGGUGGAGAUCGGAAGACAUUGAACAGGUGUUUGUCUGUAACGGUGUGGCAGACUUUUUUAAAAACACUACUGCUUUGUUAUUUUAGGAAUGUAUUUAUUUUUUAUUCAGCAGAAACUUUUACUUUAUUAUAUUUAUGUGGAAAAAAGACAGAAAC